AUGGGGAGCAAUUCAUGUAGAGAUUCCAGGGUGGAAUGCCAUCAGCAACGGUCGGCGGUGGCCGAUGUCGGCAGAGCAAGACUCCGCUACUUAGCGCAAGUCACCUGCUGGCGAAACUCCCGAUACCUGACGCUCAUCUCCGCGGCAGCUGCGUCGUAA